CCUGUCAAAACUGGUCGCGCGAGGUGAAAGCAGGCUCCUAAUCAUUUUCCAUCGCGUGUGCGUGUUGCUCGCGUUUCGCAGAUUUAAAACGCAAAAAAGUCCCCGAAAACAAUCCGUUCGCGAUCCGGUCCAUCGUUCCGGCGCUACUUCCGCGGGUCGGGCAUCGAUUACGGGCGUUUGUGAGUUUGGACGGUCGUCGGUUGUGGGGGAAAAGUGCGUGCAAAGUUCGUCGCAACUUUUCUUCUUUUUCGGCGGGGUGUUCCGAAGAAGAACACGAAGAGUUGCUAGAAGUUGAGGUUAAGGACUCGCUCUCUCGCGGGAGAAGAGGUGUCACUUUCGUCCGGAGGUUUUGGACGUUUUGUUAUGCGUAAAAGUGCGUAGAUUUUGUUGAUCUACUGGUAGCAGCUGGCAGUGCAAGAAGUGAAAGGACAUACACCACACUCAGGAUGGCUUCCCCGCUGGACCAGGCGGAAGUGCUCCGAGGACGCGACUUGGCCAAAAUCUUCCAGGUGUGGGAAGAGCGGCACAGCGUACCCGGCUAUGAUCCGGAACCGGUUGUGACGCGGUUAGCGGAAAUCUUCGAGGAGGAAACCGAGGUGUACAUGCGCAAGGAUCCGGACCCGUUCGACGAGCGGCACCCCUCCCGGACGGACCCCAACAGCGAGCUGGGUCGCAUGCUGAAAACCCUCUUCCGGAAGGACCACUUUAUGACCCGGCUGGUGAACGACUACCUGCGCGACAACUUCUUCACCCGCCAAAACAUCCAGCAGUGCUCGCAACCGCUGAACAUCGCCGCCUGUCGGUUGAUCCUGGUCAUCAUGCCGGGGCUGGAGACGUCGGCGGUGUUCCAGGCGGAGUUUGACCACCUGAUCAGCCGGUUGUACGGGUGGGCCGAGUCGAGUCCGGAACCGUUGCAGAGUUACGCGACGGGACUGCUGGGCGCGGCGAUGGAGGUGCAGGAGAUUGCCGUUAGCUUCCGGGAGCAGAACAUCCGGCUGUUGCCGAUCAUGCUGCGGCGGUUGCACGUGCUCCAGCUGGCGCACAGGAAUCGAGACAGGUUGGCGGAAGCUGGGGAGGGCGUGAGUAGUACGGCUUUUCAUCGGAUGUUCCAGGGAGAGGCCACGCUAAUUUCGCAAAAGUCUUCCGGGGAGAUUAAGGAGGAAGCGCCGCCGAUGGAGGACGAGGAGGGGGAAGAGAAGCGACCUUUCGCGCAUUUGGGACCGUCCAGCUCGAGCGAGACGACGGUGGCAGCGCCGUCCAACGGCGCAUCUCCCACGGCGAACCUAAACACGCUGUUCCAGAACGAAAACAGUCAAACUACGCAGGAUAACCGCGCCACCCACCGGAACAUGAUCCCGAUCUUCCCGGCCACGAUCGCCACAAGUCAGAUGUUGAUCCUGCGAUACCUCACCCCAAUGGGCGAGUACCAGGAGUUCCUCCCGCACGUCUUCGAGCACAACGCGAUGGCCCUCAUCUUCCGCUACAUUGAAAACCUCGAAGCCCGAGACACCUGUCUAGCGUUCGAAGCCCUGAAGUACCUGGCCUCCCUGCUCUGCCACAAAAAGUUCUCCCUCGAGUUCAUCGCCAACGGCGGCCUCGAACGCCUCCUCAAAGUCCCACGCCCCAGCCUCGCCGCAACCGGAGUCUCCAUCGCGUUCUACUAUCUCGCGUACUGCGAAGACGCCAUGGAGCGAAUCUGCCUGAUGCCGCAGAAAAUCAUCACCGAACUCGUAACGUACGCCCUCUGGCUGCUCGGUUGUGCCCACGACUCGGGUCGCUGCCACGCCACCAUGUUCUUCGGGCUCAGCUGCCAGUUCAAAACCAUGAUGGACGAGUUCGACAAGCAGGACGGCCUCCGCAAGCUCUACAACGUCAUCUCCGUGCUCCCGAUCCUGCUCCCAAACGACGAUUACAACCUGAACGACGACGAAGAGUGUGCCGCCCGGCAGGUCGUACGGCACGUUUGCGUCGCGCUCAAAAAGUACUUCGAGAACCAUCUCUACUACAAGUACAGUCAGGUUACGCGCCAGCAGUGCCCCACGGGGACGUUGGCGGGACCGGUGUUCAAGUCGGUGAAGAACUCGCCCGAGGUGAUUAGCGAUCAGAUCAAGACGCUGCAGGAGCUGUUGCCGAUGAAGGCGCGCUGGUCACCGGUGGAUGAGUUUUUGGACUUGGGCGGGGUUAACUUGCUGUUGAGGAUCAUCGCGCUGGCGUACGAGUGGAACUACAGUGGACGUUCUUGCAGCGGCGAGACGGUACGGGCGGCGCUGGACGUGCUCAACAUUGCGUGCGUAAUCCCCCGGGUGCACGCCGUGUUCUGCGAGCGGAUCGAGUUCCCGGAGGAGGGUUCCGCUGCGGGCAUCAACAUCGUACUGGGAGCGGCCGAAGGCGAGAUUGUGGCGGACGCCGAGGUGCAGAAGUCUGCGCUGGCAGUGCUGGUGCACACGGUUUGUGCGCCGCUGCACAGGCCUAGCGGAUCGUUGGCGCGGUUUGGCUCGGCGAAGAAGCGGAUGCCAAACAAGAACUCCGAGGAGCUGCUGCAGAAGGUUUGGGAGAGUGUGCGUUCGAACAACGGGAUUAUUGUGCUGCUGUCGUUGAUGUGCGUCAAGACGCCGAUUACGGACGCGGAUUGUAUCCGGGGGAUGGCGUGUCGGGCGUUGGCGGGGUUGGCGAGGUCGGAGACGGUGCAGCAGAUCAUCGGGAAGUUGCCACUGUUUGUUAAUGGGCAGCUGCAGAGUUUGAUGCGGGAUCCGAUUCUGCAGGAGAAGCGAGCCGAGCACGUUCAGUUCCAGAAGUACGCGCUGGAGUUGAUGGAGCGGGUGUCGGGGAAGACGAAAAACUUUAGCAACCAGAUGGACACCUCGCUGGCGGACAUUCACAAGGCGAAUGUGGUCGCCCAGACGAAGAUUCAGUUCAACGAGCAGCAGCUGUACCAGCUGAUCCAUCAGCACUUGGUGGCCCGGGGGUUGAGCGAGACGGCUUCGACAUUGGUGAAGGAGACGGGAAUUACGAUACCUACGCCGAUUCAGCAGCAACACCAGCAGGUCGCCAGUCUGGCCAGAAACCUCCACCACUCUCCGUUUACGUUCCGAUCGCCGAACGCCUCCAUCAUCCAGCGAUCCCGAAUUCGAAGCAAAACAACCGAAGCUACCUUCAAUCACUCCACGGCCCAAGCAAACCUACAAGCGGCCCUAGCCGCGGCCAGUAUAGAAUCCGCCUCAGGAACAACACCAUCUACGGAAGCGCCCUCAACGGAACUACCCCAAGAACCAACCCCAACCGAACCCUUCACCCCGAUCCGCCUGAUCAAGAAGACCAACGCGGGAAGCGUCAGCGCCGGCGGUCCAAGUUCCUCAUCCGCCACCAACACAACCCCCUUCGCCUCAUCCUGCUCCGCCUCAGCAAGUCGGUCCCUCCAGAAGCAAAUUUCCGCCACCGUCGACACGGCCUCCUUCCUCGUCCCCGCCUCAACCUCGUCCAAACCCCCCGGUCCGGAACCCCUCGCCGUCACCCUGGACACGAUCAUUACCGAGUACCUCACCAACCAGCACGCCCUCUGCAAGCAUCCGAUGUCGACGUGUCCGCAGUUUGACCUGUUUGUGCCGCACAAGUGUCCGGAUCCGAGGCCGAACCGGGCUUCGGGGAUGAGUCAGAACUUUGCGGCGCGGUUCUUCAAGCGGCACGCCGGGUAUAGUUCGAGGAGGUUCGACCGGAGACUGGUGCAUUCGAACUUUUCGGCGUCGAGGGUGCUGAGGCCGCAGGAUUCGGAGUUUUUCUUUACGUGUUGCGAUUUUACGCCCUGCGCCACCAAGCUGAUAACCGGCUCGCACAGCGGCGAGGUCAAGAUCUUCAACCUGAGCGACAGCAACGAGGAGUUCAGCUACUCCUGCCACGAGUCGUACGUCAACUCGAUCAAGUGCAGCAAGGACGGGCGGCUGCUGCUGACGUCGUGUGCGUGGCGAUCCCCCAUGUCUGCGCUGUGGAACAUUGAGAAUGCACGCUUCACCCAGAAGCUGCAGUGGGACGAGGAGGAGUACAUGGAGUUUCCGAACGUGCGGCAGGACAAGGUGCUGGCGACGACCGGGGAGGUCGCCUCAAUCUACGACAUCAACACGGGUCAGAAGAUUCUGUCGCUGGUGCCGAACAUCUACAACCAGUACACCAAGAACCGGGCCACGUUCUGCCCGUCGGACGAGCUGAUCCUGUCGGACGGCGUCCUGUGGGACGUGUCCUCCGGCAAGGAGAUUCACAAGUUUGACAAACUCAACCAAACCAUUUCCGGCGUGUUCCACCCGAACGGACUGGAGAUCGUGUCCAACACGGAGGUGUGGGACCUGCGGACAUUCCACCUGCUGCGGACGGUUUCCGCGCUCGACCAGUGCCAGGUCAAGUUCUCCCAGCAGAACGUCAUCUACGGGAUCUGUCCGGAGGUGGAAACCGAACCCCACUCGGACAAUGUGUUCUUCGAGUCGAGCUUCAAGGUGCUGGACGGGUACGACUACUCGAGCAUUUCGACGGUGGACGUGAAGCGGAACAUUUACGAUCUGGCCAUCAAUGGGUACGGGUCGCAGAUUGCGAUCGUGGAGAACCAGGGCGGGUUCAACUCGGUGCAGGAGUCGGUGGUGCGGAUCUACAGCGUCGGCAGGAAGAAGAACACCGAGGACGACGCCGAGGAGGAGGAGGAAGAGAUGGAAAACUCCGAGGACAACUCGAUGUCGGAGACGGAGUCUGUCGUGUUUCACGGCGCUCGCGGAGAGAACGGCGGACAGCGACGCCGGCGGAGACGGGGCAUGCGUAUCAAUGUACUCGAUGAUGAUGAAGAUGAUAUUUUCCAACCAGGUUCGAGCGGCUCGUCCAGCGACGACGAUGACGACGACGACGAUGAUGACCAGGACCAGGACGGGGACGAUCAGGAGAACGAGGAAAAUGAUGGCGAGGAGAGCGACGGCGGGGCCAACAAUAACGACGACGAGGAUGACGCCUCCUCGUGGACCACGACCUCCGACCUGGAGGACUUUCUAAUGAUGUAAGAAGAAGGUGCCGUAAGUGUCGUGUAGAUAAGCGGAAGCAAACCCCUCCCCCCUAAUUAAACACUAAGCAGAGCUUUAAGUUUGAAAUGUGCUGUGUGUCAUGCGCUCGAGUCCAACCCGCACACGUCGGUAAUCCUUUUUGCGUGUAUCGACCCACUUUCUUAGAGAGAGAAUUGCCCUCUGCAAACGGUUAGAAGAAAGCAAACACAGAAUUUCUUUGUUUCGAAAUUGCACCAGCGAAAAAAACCCUUGUUUUACCUUCUCGAGCGAGCAAAGACCACUGCCGGUUAAGUGAAGUCCAAAACGAGUUUGUACCUAUUGGAGAAGUAAAAGUUUUUGUACAUUUCUUAUAGUUUUUCUUUUUUAAAUGAAUGAAUAAAUUAUAUCGUAU